AUGUUUUUAAGUUUUGAUACUACUCCUGCCAAUAUGUUGUUAGGUACUUUGAUACUGCCAUUAAUAACAGUCGUUACUAGUGAACCAAGUAACAAAUGUUCCACUUGCAUUAGAGUUGAUAGUAGCUGUUACAGUAUCGUUUAUCUCUUUGAUCUUCAAGCUCCUUUUAGAAACACUGUAGUCAUUCACAAAAUGGGGGUCCUUCGGUCAACAAAUGUUCUUUAUUACACCUUCGAACCAACUUUGGACGACGUAGAAUAUUACAAAAUAGGCUUUGUUAGCUUAGACAACCCCGAACAGAUGGGAAUCAUAUCAGCUGGGAACAAAGUUAUGAACUUUGGUACUUUUGAUAUAGACCAAAGUAAUGAAUUUGUUUAUUUAGGUGGAAGCGAUGGAAUUUUCGUUUUGGAAACAAAAGAAAACAUUCUAGCCUCUUUCAGUUCACGGGGAGAUUCGAUACAAAACCUAUUUUAUAAGGGAAAUAUAUAUUUUGUUACUUAUGGACAAAAUAAAAUUAUAAGAAAGAAAGGCGACAACUUCGAAAUAUAUCUUGAAAGUGAUCGAAUUAAAAAUUUCGUCAUAACUAAGAACGAUGUUGUAGUUUACUUGAGCAUUUUCGGUUUGUUCGCCAGUAAAAGAAACGAAACUGUCCUUCUAUCGAAAAACGCAUUUUUUAGAGGAAUCACAAUGGAUUUAGAUGAUGUGGUACAUGUGUGGUGGGUUGAUGGUAUCUAUAAAGUUGUUUUGGAGAAGAAUUUGUCAGAUUCAAAGAUAGAAAUGAUAGCUCAUUUACCUGAUAUAGGUUCUGUGGUAUUCGGUAACACUAAUAAUAUAUUGUUUACGUCAGACAGAAGCUUAUACACCUUGAUUAAAACUAAUAUGACGAUAUGCUGA